AUUUCUGAUUUGCUAUUCCCUUUUCGCUUCUAUUCUGGUGUUGGCUUUUGUUUUUCUUUUGGGGUUUCAGUUUCGUACCUUGUUUUCCUUUUGAUUUCUGUAUCUUCCAUGGUUGAUAGCUUAGAGGUUAGGAUAGCUUGCCCGUCGAUCUCCUUCCUUUUUGCGCGUCUAGGGGGGUCUUUGGGUACUUACCCUUUUUUAGAAAAUUUUGUGUACGAAGGCAAUAGUCUGAGCGUCGUUUUGAGUGAGUUGUUACCGUUGCUCCGUCAAUCGCUAAAUUGGUUUGAGGGUUUAGGAGGGAGAAGAUUAAUGUCUGAGGUUAGGUCUAGUGACCUCGAGACUGGGCUGUCGUCCAGUGGUGGCCCGGCUGAAGGAGAUACCGCCGUCUCUGGUUCUCGAGAGGUUAGGGCUUUUUAUGCCCUUAGGGAGAUUUGUGGUCUGGAUGACGAGACCGUGAAUAGAUUUAAGGAUAGGUUUCAAUUUCCGUCUAGGGUUCGUGUUCGUCGUCCCAGGGAAGAAGAUAGGGCUUGUCACUUCUUUCCAGGCGAAAUAUGUUUUUAUGAGUCAGCCUUCACCUGUGGGCUUAGGUUCCCCGUCCACCCGUUCCUGAUGGAACUUUUAGAUCAUUUUGGUAUAGCCCCUGGACAGCUCAUGCCAAACUCGUGGAGGAUCGUCAUUAACUGUAUGCAAAUAUGGUUGGCCUCCAACGGGGAUAUGAUCAGGAUAGGUGAGCUCACCUACCUGUAUCGUUUGAAAGAGUCUAAAGAGUGGGGAUAUUACGAAUUAGUCCCUUGGGAGAGAAAGAUUAGGAUCGUCAAGGGAUUGCCUUCGUCAUUCAGGUAUUGGAAGUCGCGCUUUUUCUUUGUGUCUGGGGACGAUUUCGAGACCCAAUCUAGCAGUGAUUGGGGUGAUAUCCCGAGGUUGCUCCGUCGGUGGGGAACCCCGACCUUAGUUAAGAGACGGCCUGGGCUGAAGAGACGAUAUAAGGAACGCAUAGAGACCGCCAUCGGGUACGCUGAGACGAUUGAGAGCUGGGACGAGCUGGUUGACCCUCGAUCUCUUGCGUUUUACAACCUUGGUCCUGACCCAUCUCCUUUCGUUCUUCGUCAGCUUGGCAUUGAAGGAAAAAAGAAGAUGACGACCAAGUUUAACAAGGACAUGUAUGCAAAGAUGAGGUCAAAGAAGGACGAACCCCUGUCCAAUUUGGGGAAGAAGACCGUGCGAGUUACCGGGAAGGGUUCUGCCUCCAUCCCGCUCAGCAUUGUUCCUUCCAUAGCCUCUGAAACGACGAGGACUGCCUCCCCGACCGUUUCAAUAGAAGAGAUUCCUACUCCUGGCUCUAAAAGGCCGCGCGUGGCUGGCAAAGGAAAGGAGAAGACUGAUACUCGUCCGUCCACCAUAUGGGAUGACGAGUCAUUGGCUGUGGAAAGAGCUCACGAGGUCGUUACUUCAGCGGACUUGAAGGCUCUAUCUGACUUGUCCUUAAACGAUGUGGCUUCUCGUCACGUCCACAAACUGGUCCAGGUGUUGGGAGAGAGUAUCCAUAUCACUGCUGAGUACCUCACUCAAGGGGCCAAGGUAGCGUCUCUGGCAACCCGGAUGGAGGCUCAGGAGAAGGAGAAUUCAGACCUGAGGACGAACCUGAUCACUUCUAUGGACGAGGCCACGACAUUGAAGGAGAAGGUCAAGGUGCUGGAGGACGACCUCAGAGUUGAGCGCGCGUUGACUCAGGAGAAGGACGAGCAACUUCUGGCAGCCAAGGAGAAACUAGUGACCAUCGCCGCUCGCUCCGUGGAGGCUUUCCAGACCACUGACGAGUACAAUACCGUGCUCUUCAGCUGGUAUUUUAAAGGAUUUGAGCUUCUCCGGAGGUACAUGGUCAAGCAUCCUUCUGGAGUCAAUCUGGAGAGCCUGGAUUUGGAGGAGGUGGACAAGGAAAUGGCCCUGGAGGAGGCGGCUUCGUCCUCUGCCCCCGGUGAUGAUGCUCCCGAACCUGUUGCUGACGUGCCGGCCAGUGAAGGCACAGCUGAUGCUUGACUCUACAUACUUAGAAAUUUUUCUU